UGAAACAAAUUAAAUAUAUUUCUCUUUCUCAGUGCAGAAUUGUUAAUAAUAAUUUCUCGAUAUGUUUGCUGGUGUUAUUAAGCACACAGUAAUUCUUUAGUUUUUCCAGAUAUCCAGGAGAAUGUAUCCCAUGACCUUCCAGAGAAGGCCAAAACUUGUUAAAAGCUUGAUGAGUUGACGCUGGAUAAAUUCCAAGGUUUAGAUGAUAAACUUCUGGAAGGGUGAAGGUAAUUUGAUCCAACACUUGUACUGUAUCCCGUCAUUUCCCGGCAUAUGCGGAACCAGUUCCUUCACUUCUCAUUUCCCCUUCAACAAGGAGAACAGCUACCGGAGACAAUUACUGUAAAAAUUGGAAACCAAGCUGAAAACUUGUUCUUCAUAUUAAAAUGUAUGUUGUAGCUUGUCCAGGGAGCAGAAACCAGGAGUUUGGCCAGCUGCUGGGCUGUUUAACUGAAAAGUAUUGUGAGAUGGUGAAGAAAAUGGAUGAGCUGAUAAUUGAGCUCAAGAAUUUAAAAGAGAAAAAUGAUAAAGUCAUUAAAUUCCAAGAGGAUAAUUUUAGCCACCAAGGAGAUAGUAUUAGCGUGCUUUUAGAGCGGCACAACAAACUGAGGAUCCAGCACGAAGAGGAUAAUCAGGAGAGAAAACAAAGCAUCAGUGAGACCAGAUCUAUUCUUGAACUCCAGAUUAGAGAGCUGAGAGAAGAGCAAAAUAUAAAAAUGGAGAAAUUAAUAAAUACAUCCCAGCAAACGAGGGAAAACAACACGAAACUAUUGGAAGAAGUGGAUCUCAAGAUUACUGAAAACAAGAUGAAGAUAGCAGAGGUUGAAGAGGGAUUGAAAGAAACUAAAGAAUGUUAUGAGCCAAGGUUUACUAAACUGGAAGAAAGUAUGGCGGAAGUUGAACAAGAGCAGGAGAAAACUAAUGCAAUCAGUGGAUCAAUGGAACAACUUAUUCAAGAGAAGAAACAGAGUGAAGAUAAUAUAUUGACCGUAAUAAGAGAGAAUGUGAAUGAACUAAGUUCUAGAAUUGAAAGUAAAUCAGACACCUCAAGGUUAGAUGUAAUAUACACAUCAUUAAGCAACGAAGCAGAUACAGUUCGUUUAAAGAUGGCUGAUUUUGAAGUUAAGAGUGCAGAAACUUUUAUUAAAAUAUCUGAGACGGAGCAAAGCGUUCAGACAAGUUUGAACCAGAUUAAAGACGACAUUGCAUCGAUGGAAAAGAACAUUAUGGAGAGUAAAACAUCAUGUUUAAAAUUUAGGGAUGAAUACUUAUCUACGUUUGGUGAAAGUGAAUCCAAGCAACAGAUUGAAGAAAAGGACAGACGAAGAGAUGCUGAAUAUGCAAAAUCCAAAUUUGAUGAUUUGAAGAAAGAAACAGAAUUGAUUAAUCAACGACUACAAGAUCUGGAUAACAAGUUUGGAGAUCAACACCUGGAACUGCAAACUCUGUUCAAGGAGAAGCAUAGUAGUCUAGAGAAAUCUCUUCAAACCACAGCAGUUGAAUUUAGAUCUAAACAUGAGUUGGUUCUGCUGAGACAAAAAGAAAACAAUUUUUUUUUACAGGAGACCGCUCAAUCCCUGAGGAAGGAAUUAAAGCUGGUUAAAGAGAAUCUAAACACUAAGCUAGAAGAUACUAUUCAGUUGGCUGUUGAGGAUUCAAGAUCACAGAUUAAAAUAUUUCAAGAGAAAAUUUCAAGCUUGCAGAGAGAUAGUUAAACAGAUUGUAAUCUUCAUACAAACAAAAAAAACUUAAAAUGGAAAAUUGACAACAGUUCCCCUUUUUUUGGAUAAAAUCUUUCUCUGUCUGGAUAAAUAGAAUUCUUGAUUUUUCA